AUGCGUUGGGUCAACUUGCUGAGCCUGCUGCUUCUCUGCCUCGCGCCGGUCGUCGAGGCCGCUGCCUGCACUGACGACGAGACGGCGGCGGCCCUCGUGCCAUACAAGGCCGAGCUCGCGCUCAACCUCGCGCUCUGCGGCAGCGACGUGGGCUACUCGACGGCUGCGAUCGCCAACGGCGACUUUUUCUCGCCGUCGACGACGACGCCGGCGCGGGUCACGGCCUUUCUUAAAAGCGUCAACUGCCGCGCUCUCUUCAUUUUGUAUCAAAAAGCCACGAGCAACUUGAGAUGCUCGACAGGCUACCAAGGCGUCACGUUUGAGCAGUACGCCGCCACGCUACUUCCGUCCAGUGCCGCAACCCCAACGACGCCGACGACGGUCAAGCCCGGCACGGCCAACUGCACCGACGAGAGCGCCACGGCGGCAUUUGCGGCCAUUGAGGCCGAGCGAUCGCGGUUCCUCUUGCGCUGCGCCAUCGACAUGGGCAGUAUUCCGGUCGCGUACCUCUACAACAAUACGCUCAAGCACAAAAUCACAGACGCACAGUUUACGGCCUUUUUAGCCAGUUCCGACUGCGCGGCGGCGGUCGUGGUCGAGAAGAAGGCGUGGGGCGCGGUCGUGCCGCCCUGCGUCCUCUACGACGGUGCGCUGGCCUUUACGACAAGAGAGAUUAGCGCGUGGACGUUCACCGACACCACCGCGGCGCCACGGCCAGUUGCCCAGUCGACCGCGGCACGAUGCUAUUCGACGAGUGCUCUUGUCGUCCUUGCCUUGGCUGCAUGGGGUUGCUACAAGUGAGAAGCUUAGUUGCUUUAGGUAUGAACCGUUUUUCACCAUGUUCGGCACCUUCUCGUCAAUGAGGCGCGAGG